UUAGAUAGAUAUUUUAUUCAUGCCUUAUGUUGGAGCAACUGGAGAACCGGCUUUCCUGUGGCCUAGAUGUUCUAUACACACACACACACACACAUAUAUGCAUUUGUAGAGAAACACAUAUUUUUGGAGAGAAUUUUAACCUUUCGGAGGAAGAGUGGACCUUCAGAAACACACAGAGAGGACGAAUGACACUCUUGUAGCCUCAAAAGUAACGCACUUGGAAAGAAAAGAAGAAAAAAAGGCUGAAGUGGGUUUGAAGCAUGGGCUGUGCUUCAAGUAUUCAUAUCUCUGAUAGGGUGGUCUACCACAGUGGAAAAGAGUCUGAGGAUUCCCACUCACCCCAGCAGACUAAUACAACUCAGCAUCAAGGAAAUCCUGCCUCCGGACUACCCCUAAAACCCCCUAGCUGCAAGACCACAUUAACAGAGGUGCAGUUUGGACCAAUGAAGCUAUUUAAAGACCCACUUCAGGUACUUUUAGUUUUUGCCAAAGAGGACAGUCAAAGCAAUGGCUUCUGCUGGGCAUGUGAGAAGGCCAACUACAGGUGCAGCAUGGUGCGGACGCCUGAAUUCGCUCUCGAAUGCUUCUCAGAGAAGCUUCACGACCUCGUCAUCAUUGACCACAGACAUUCCAGACACUUUGACGCUGAAGCACUGUGCCGGUCAUUUAGAGCGGUCAACUCCUCAGAAAACACUGUGAUAGUCGCCGUCGUGAAAAGGCCAGACAGAGAGGAAGCCUCUGUGAUGCCGCUGAUCAAUGCUGGCUUUAAUAGGAGGUAUGUGGAAAAUGUCAAUUUGAUGGCCUGCUACAACGAGCUGCUACAGCUGGAGCACGGAGAGGUGCGGGCACAGUUCAAACUGAGGGCUAGUAAUGCCAUUUUCACAGCUCUGGAACAAAGCCAAGACGCCAUCGAGAUCACUUCUGAAGAUCAAGUAAUUCAGUAUGUGAAUCCUGCCUACGAGUCCAUUAUGGGCUACCAACAAGGCGAGCUAGUAGGGAAGGAAAUAAUAGAAGUGCCUAAAAGCGAGAAGAAUAAGCCUGAUCUCCUUGAAACGAUUAACUCCUGUAUACGAAAAGGAAAGGAGUGGCAGGGGAUUUAUUAUGCCAAAAAGAAGAAUGGAGACAGCAUUCAGCAAAAUGUGAAAAUCACACCUGUGAUUGGACAGGGAGGAAAAAUCAGACACUAUGUGUCUAUCAACAGGCCUUUAAAUGAUAAUAAUAAGAGUGAUAAAUCCACUGAACGUGUGCAGGCAGAGUCACAAACAGAUAUACAAUCCUGUAAGCACAAAGACCGGAGGAAAGGCUCUCUGGAUGUCAAAUCCAUAACGUCUCGGGGGAGCGAUGGUAGCUCACAGAGAAGACACUCCUCAAUGGCCCGAAUUCACUCCAUGACGAUAGAGGCUCCCAUCACCAAGGUUAUAAACAUCAUAAACCAAGCACAGGAAAGCAGCCCCAUGCCUGUGGCAGAGGCCUUAGAUCGGGUGCUGGAAAUCCUGAGGACCACAGAGCUGUACUCUCCACAGCUGGGCACCAAGGAUGAAGAUCCACACACCAGCGACCUCGUCGGGGGGCUGAUGACGGAUGGUAUACGCAGACUGUCAGGAAACGAAUACAUCCUCGCCACAAAGCAGCCCCACCAUCUGCCAAGUCACCUGGCGACCCCUCUGUCAUUAAACGACAUCCCCCCUCGGAUCGCCCAGACGAUGGAAACAGAGGACUCGUGGGACUUUGACAUCUUUAGCUUGGAGGCUGCGACCAUGAAACGGCCUUUGACCUUCUUGGGCCUCAAGAUUUUCUCCCGCUUCGGAGUGUGCGAGUUUUUAAACUGCCCUGAAGCUACGUUGCGCUCCUGGCUGCAAGUGAUUGAAGCCAACUACCACUCCAGCAACUCCUACCACAACUCCACCCAUGCGGCUGACGUCCUGCAUGCUACGGCAUAUUUUCUCUCCAAGGAGAGGGUGAAGCAAAGUUUGGAUCCCAUUGAUGAAGUGGCUGCUCUGAUUGCCGCCACUGUGCACGAUGUUGACCACCCGGGCCGCACAAACAGCUUCCUGUGCAACGCAGGAAGUGAGCUGGCCAUUCUCUACAACGACACAGCUGUGCUAGAGAGCCACCAUGCUGCCCUGGCCUUCCAGCUCACCACCAGAGAUGAUAAGUGCAACAUCUUCAAACACAUAGAAAGGAACGAAUAUCGAUCGUUACGACAGGCCGUCAUAGACAUGGUCCUCGCAACGGAGAUGACCAAACACUUUGAACACGUCAACAAGUUUGUGAACAGCAUCAACAAGCCGCUGGCUGCACUGGAGGAGAACGGGGGAAGCAGUGACGAGGAGGCUAUCAAAAGCGUCCUGACGUCCCCAGAGAACCGGAUCCUCGUCAAGCGGAUGCUGAUCAAGUGUGCAGACAUCUCUAAUCCGUGCAGGCCCCUGGAGCUCUGCAUAGAAUGGGCUGGCCGCAUCUCAGAGGAGUAUUUUGCACAGACGGAUGAGGAGAAGAGACAAGGUCUACCAGUGGUCAUGCCUGUGUUUGACAGAAACACGUGUAGCAUCCCAAAGUCCCAGAUUUCCUUUAUAGACUACUUCAUCACAGACAUGUUUGAUGCAUGGGAUGCUUUUGCGGACCUCCCCAAUCUUAUGCAGCACUUGGACAACAACUUCAAGUACUGGAAAGGCCUUGACGAUCGAAAGCUGCACACCCUGCGACCGCCUCUGGAGUAGCUGCUUGUGGCUACUCAGUCCCGGAAACCCGGGUGCAGAACCUUCUUCUUUCCUGCUGGGAAAGCGUCUGUGGAAGAAGGCCCUGUCUCUACCCCCCCGUCAGCCCAGCCCAGCCGCACAGGGACUCCUCGCCUUCACUCUCCUGCUUCUGUAGCACGCCGAGCGCCUCACAUGUCUGUCCACAGCAGAAAAACGCACAGAGGGACUUCCCGACACUGCCGAAGUGCUGCUGGCUUUUCACAGGCCUGUCGGAUGGGAACUGUAACCGUCGGACACGGACAUCCAGCAUCCUCAUGAACUUCUCGUGCCUCAUAGGCAUUCGCAGUGUCGCUGUUGGCACAACUGAAUGGAGGACGGCGGAGGGCUUUGGGGGGUGGGUCCUCACUGGCCUCUGUGGCAAAGCAUCCAUCCUCUGACUACCGCGUAGGCACUCCUCUCUGCCUGUGAAGUUGCUGUUAGCAUCUAAAAAACUGUGUCUAGUCCAUUUAAGGCCAUGUAAUCACUUUUUCAACCUCUAGCUCCUGCGCUCGCAGCGAGGCAAAGCCGCUCCUAGAAACCAUUGGAGGCCACGUCAUAAAAGUACACUCCACUGCUUUUUUGUUUGUUUGUUUGUUUUUGUCUGUUCAUUCGUUUGUUUGUUUGUUUGUUUUGUUUUUCAGGCAAUAUUUCCACGUGUCCUUCAGAAACACAAAGUUUGACACACGGCUGUCAUAACAGAAAUGAGAGCGGAUGCUUCCUUCAUGGGUCAGGGGUGGACCUUUGUCCCAGGCCACUGCUGAGAGAUGGCAGAAAAGAAGAAAAAAACUCUAUUACAGGUUAUUUAGUGUGCUAAUAUUUUCUUAAAUUUCCAUGUUUUCUAUAAUAAAAUUCACAAACAAAUUAGUAAAUGAGUAAGAGCAAAAUAAAUUUAGAAUUUUAAAAAAAAGCCAAAGCUAUUAAAGACGAGUACUACUACUACGCUCAAAAAUUUACAAUUAUUAUUCAUGCGACCUUAUUAAGCAUUUUUUUGUUUUCUUAUCAAGAGUACAGUACCAGUUUGAAUAAACGAAUGAACCCUUUUGUAUUGCACUGUAUACAACAUUAGAAGUGUCUACGUCUCAGUGAUUUGUCCAGGAAUGGGAUGUUGCGUUGGAGAAAAAGCUGUUUUUCUGUUGAUCAUCAUUAGAUCGUCUGCUUGUGUGAACGCGUGUGGGAGUUUGGUUUUCCUUUUUUUGUUUGUUUCUUUUGUUUUUAUUUGCUUUUUGGUUUAUUUUUUUUUCUUCUUCUUUUUGGUCGUUGGUGUGUGAGUGCGCGGGUGUGUUCAUUGUUGCAGCAAUCCCAUACUCCUGGUUUUGAUGCUGUAAAACCGCUUGACGUUUGACAACAGCAGCAGAAAUAUGUGAAAAAUCGUUUUGGACUUGAAUAAUCUUCCUUUUUUUUUUUUCUUUUUUUUUGUCCUCCCUGAAAUUUUUUGUAUCUGGUUUGACCUACUGAAGAAGAAGAAGAAGAAGAAAAAAAGACUGCCUUAUUUUGUACAAUAUUUAUACAAUACAUCCCACUGUGCAACUGCUACGGACAUCUGGAGUUUUUCUUAUAACACAGUCAGAAGGUUACCUUCAAGUAAAUCUCAAUAUUUUUAUAGACAAUGAAUUUUACACUGGAUUUGCAGCAGAUGAGAUCAACCAUAAUAGCUAUCUGAACACCUGUGAAGGAGAAAGCCACACAGAGCGUGCGUAUAGAGAGCUGAAUGGUAAAGCAGGAUGUGGAUCGCAGAGUUGUCUAUCACUGUCUUUAAAGCAGUCUCCUGGAGGCCAGCUUGCAUUGAUUUUUUUUUUUUUCUUGUCUUUUCUUUUGAUCAAAACAUCACUAUACUUGGCCCAUCGUCCAACACCCUUAUGCAUAGACCUGGGUAACAUCAUUUUUUUUUUUUUUUUUUUGUUCAAAGUUGGAUUCAGAUUAGGAUACUAAUUUCUACGUUAAAAGAUCUAUGCUUCUUGAGAAGAUUUCCUCUUUAAACAGUGUAUAAAUCCCAUAACAGCUAAGCAAAUACUGGUUAAUGAGAUGCAUUAACCACAAUUAAUUUUGUUUCUCUCUUAUGACAGAAUUGUACACUUAAUCAGGGGAUUUGUAUGUUCCUUCUGAUUCACAUUUUUGGUCUGAAGGCACGGGGGGGAAAAUAGAACCUAUUCAAUAAAAAAUUAAAUAUAUCCUUGCAGUGUUUUUCCUGCAA